AUGAAUGAUCCAGACAGCAAAACCCAACACAUAGCAAAAGUGAUGAAAGACACAACAGCAGUGGCUGUGGUGGUCUUUUCUGAUCAUGUCCAUUUUGUCCCAAUUCUAGUUGAAAUAUUGAGACAGAAUAUUACAAGCAAGAUAUUUGUUGCUAGUGAAGCUUGGUCCACAUCAACUGCCGUUCAUUUGGAAAAAUUCUCAGCUCUUCUUUCUGGCACAAUAGGUGUAGCCUUUCAAAGUCAAACUAUUCCCAGACUUAGAGAGUUCCUCAACAUGAUCCAUCCAUCUGAUUAUUUGGGAAGAGACUGGAUAAAGCAAUUUUGGGAAAUUACUUUUAGAUGCAUUUUCUUUCCUGAUACAAACAUAACAAGGUCUUAUGACACUUUGAUUCAAGAGUGCACAGGAGCAGAAAGUCUAGAAAAUAUACACAACAGCUAUAAUGAUGUGUCUAGUUUGAGAAGCACAUACAGUGUCUACUCUGCAGUCUAUGUUGUGGCCAAUGCUUUGGAAGAUCUAAAAAACUGCAAACAUGGAGAAGGUCCAUUCUCAAAUGGGAGUUGUGCAGACAUUAGACGUUUCAAACCCUGGCAGCUCUUACACUAUACCAAGAAAGUAAGGGUAAAUAUGAAUAGUGGGAGGAAGCUUUACUUCGAUGUGAACGGAGAUCCACCAGCCGUCUAUGACAUUGUGAAUUGGCAGAUGACUCCAGAAGGCACUAUACGACAUGUCAAGGUGGGAAGUUAUGACACAACAGAAUCUCAUGUUCAUGUCUUCAGCAUCAACAAAAGUGGCAUAUGGUGGCCUACCAAAGACCAAAAGGUACCUGUUUCAGUCUGCAGUCGAAGCUGUCCCCCUGGUUUUCGGAAAGCAUCCAGAAAAGGAGAACCUGCCUGUUGCUUUCAGUGCAUCCUGUGUCCACCAGGCGAGAUCUCAAAUGAAACAGAUUCUACUGACUGCUUCAAGUGUCCAUGGGAUAGGUGGCCAAAUCAAGAGAAAUCCUUGUGUCUACCAAAAUCUGUGGAGUAUCUCUCUUAUGAAGAUGAAUUGGGAUCAUCAAUGACUGCUACCUGCAUUGUGUCAUCUUUAGUUCCUGUGGUCAUUUUGAGGAUAUUUAUACGUUAUAAAUCCACUCCUAUUGUAAAAGCCAACAAUUAUUUCAUCAGUUGUCUUCUUCUGGUAUCUUUGUCCCUAUGCUUCCUCUGUGCAUUAGCUUUUAUUGGUUAUCCUGAACCUAUGAAGUGUCUUCUUCGUCAGCCUGCUUUUGGCUUGGUCUUUGCAUUCUGCAUCUCUUGCAUACUGGCCAAAACUAUCAUAGUGGUUUUUGCAUUUAUGGCCACCAAACCAGGCAGUUCACUGAAAAUUUGGACAAGUCCUUGGGGUUCCUACAUCAUAAUUUGCAUCUGCUCCCUUCUACAAAUCAUUUUGUCUAUCACUUGGUUAACUCUCAAACCUCCCUUCCCAGAGCAGAACAUUCAAACAAGACCAGGAAUUAUCAGUGCUGAGUGUAACGAGGGAUCAUCCUUUGCCUUUUGGUCCAUGUUUGGAUAUCUAGGUUUCUUAGCCAGCAUAUGUUUCAUUGUUGCUUUUCUGUCCAGGAGGCUUCCUGACAGCUUCAAUGAAGCCAAAUUUAUUACUUUCAGCAUGCUAUCUUUCCUUAGUGUUUGGGUAUCUUAUGUUCCAGCCUCACUCAGUGCAACAGGGAAGUACACUCAAACAAUGGAAGUGUUUGCUAUCCUGGCUUCAAGUUGGGCAUUGGUGAUCUGCAUGUUUUUCCCUAAAUGUUUUAUUAUACUGUUCAAACCCAGCAUGAACUCCAAGGGCCACCUCAUGCGGAAAGGAAGAGGAUGA